GCUACCGGCUCCACACCCGCACCUACGCAGUCAGCACAGGACAUGCUAUCGUCGCUCCCGGCCGCGCAAUCGAACCGUCUGUUCGACAUCGCGAACCUCAAGGACGACGGCAGCAACUUCCCGAUGUGGAAGUUUCGCUUACAAAUGAUUCUUCAGACGCGAAAGCUCUGGGGGAUCGUUAGCAAGACCGAACCGUGUCCC